AUGCAACUCAAUCUACCAUCUGGUUUCGGACCUGAUUCGACAGCAAUCCUCAAUGAAUAUAAGAGGAAACAUCCUGAUGUUCGAUUCAUUCGCUUUCAGUGGCAAGACUACUCGGGUGUCCUUCGGGGGCGAGUCAUGCUGAUAGAUACAGUCAUUGCCCAUCUAGCUAAGGGAGGGCCUCUCAAAGCAACUGGGCUCGCGAUCUGCUGUUCUGUCACAAAUAAUCUGGCUCCUUUCACCCCCCUCGACGGACAGUAUUGGCUAGCUCCAGACUGGUCGACCCUCCACCCCACCAUCAACACUAGAAGUGUACAAGUGAUGUGCGCUUUGGACUAUACAGUCCCAGGUGUCGCACCCAGCCAAGAUCUCUGUCCAAGAUAUGUCCUUAAGAAAGUCUUGCGACAGGCUCGCGAAAGUUGGGGGCUAGACUUCCUUGUGGGCUUCGAGGUGGAGUUCGUCGUGAUGAAGUCUAACCAGGCAACUGGAUCGAUCGAUCGUUGCAGUGACGGCUGGGGUCUUUUUGCUAUUUCUGGUCUAAGGGACCCAGUCUAUCAACACGUGGAAGAAUGCGCCAUGAAACUCGAAGCCCUUGGUGUUGACAUUCAAGCCAUUCAUACGGAGGGUCAACGAGGACAAUAUGAGUUCGCCUUGGGGCCAAAACCACCGGUCGAGGCGGUAGAUCAACUCAUUCUUGUGCAUAGCUACCUGAAGGACGUCUUUGCUCAGAAUGGAUACAGUGUGACCAUGAUGCCCAAACCGGUCACUUCAGAGUCCCUGGCUACUGGACAGCAUACCCACCUGUCAUUGCAGCCCGCUCGCCCUGAUUUGGAGGAACAUUUUCUUGCCGGAAUUCUAAAGCGUCUACCCGCGCUUUGCAGCUUUUGUCUAUCGCAAGACAUUUCUUACGAACGACUUUUACCAUUUGUCGGCGGUUGCAAUACCGUCUGCUGGGGUACCGAAGCGCGACAAUCGCCAGUCCGAAAGAUUGAGCCCAGUCGCUGGGAAAUCCGCAAUGUCGACGCAAUGAGCAAUAUGUAUCUCACUCUGGGCUUCAUUAUAGGUGCUGGUCUCUGCGGAUUGGCUGGGAAUGAGCCUUUGCUAUGGCCUGACAUAAGGGACCCCGCGAACAAAGAUGUCUCUCCCGGAGAGCCUCUACCGAAGAAUGUAGAAGAAGCAAUAUCAAUUCUGGAGCAAGAUGAAUUUGGACUUGCUGAUGUGCUAGGGGGGUCCUAUCUUGGACCAAUAUGUUGCGAUGAAACGAUUUGA